AUUCUUUCAGAUCUACUACAAGUCGUAUAGUUUUGAAGCAUGUUGUUUGGGUUCACUGUUCCCUAGUCCUAUGUUGCCUACUAUACCACCACCACCGCCGCCAGGACAACAUACUGUGCCAAGGGAAAACGUAACAUACUCUGGACUAUAGGUUAAGAAUUUAAAACCAAUACCAAAUGGAUUUCGACACAGCACUGUCCAAAGUUGGAGAGCUUGGACUCGCUCAAAUCGUCACUUUUAUUCUGGUUACAUCCAUGAAUUUCCUGCUAGCGUUCCAGCAAGUUAACCUAGCUUUCAUAGCCAAGGAACCGUCAUUCUACUGCACCAAACCGUACAAGGCCCACGGUGAUGAGGUUUGCCACCUGGAAGGCCUGUGUGAAGAUAUUCAGUUUGGAGAUGAAUUUACAUCCAUAGUGUCUGAGUUUAAACUUAUAUGUGGUGAAAGCUACAAAACCAGUUUGGUUCAGUCCAUUUAUAUGAUAGGGGUGUUAUUUGGUGGUCUAAUAUGGGGCCCAAAAUCAGAUGCUAUUGGAAGGAAGAAAACGCUGAUGGCUGGUGUUAUCCUCUUAGUUCUUACCUCCAUCCUAAGUGGUUUCACCCAAUCUUAUCUACAGUUUGCAUUUCUCAAGUUUAUUAAUGGUGCUGCAGUAGGUGGAACAGGAUUGGUUAUUUUUGUGUAUUCAACAGAAAACAUUGGUGCCUCAUACAGAGUGUUUGCAGGGACUCUAGUACAAGUAGUAUUUGCACUAGGAAUUUCAGGUUGUGCAGGUGUUGCGUAUUACGUACGUGAUUGGCGGAAUCUGACCUUCAUCACUGGAAUCCCCUUCCUCUUCUAUCUCCCGGUAUUUUGGGUUCUACCCGAGUCGCCACGGUGGUUGGCUUCCAAGGGCAAGUUAAACCAAGCAGAAGCGCUGCUUUUCAAGAUGGCUUUACGGAACAAGAAAGAAGUUCUUAGGAAGGAGAUUGCACUCGCAAGGCCACCCAAGGAAAAGAAGAAAGAACACCAAGAUAAAGCUAAGUCCGUCAGCUACUUGGAUUUUUUUAGGACGCCCAAUAUACGGCAGAGGAUGCUGGUGCAGAUUUUUACCUGGUUUGGGUGUAGCAUGGUGUACCUAGGCUUGACUAUGGGAGCUGGUGACAUUGGUAGUAAUGCCUAUGUCAGUGUAGCACUGUCAGGCCUCGCUGAGCUUCCUGCAUAUGUGGCUUGUAUUCUCCUUCUUGAUGUAAUUGGUCGUCGUAUAAUGUUAAGCGGAUGCACAAUAUUAGGUGGAUUAGCUUGUAUGCUGCUUCUUUUCAUUCCAGAUAAUGCAGGUAGCAAUGCUGAAAUGCUACAGACUGCCUUAGCUCUCAUAGGUAAAAUUGGUGUGUCAGCGUCUUUUAAUGUUGUUUACAUUUAUUCAAGCGAGUUGGCACCAACAUCAGCAAGGAGUAGUGCACUUGCUCUGUGUACCAUGUCAGCCAGGAUAGGGGGCGCUCUUGCCCCUUCCGUGGCACCAUACGGUAAAUACGUGAUGUUCCAAGUGUUUGGAUUACUUUCCUUAACCGCUGGGAUAUCUUCUCUUCUGCUCCCGGAAACAUUGAAUCAGGCAUUACCAGACACUAUUGAAGAUAUUGAGAACUACUCGACCAAGAAAACACAAUGACAUCACGCGGACUCUUUCACCAAAGAACAAAUAAAUGUGUAAAAAAACCAGAGGUAAUCCCUAGUACAUGUUUAGUUCCAUUCCUUAAUUCAUUCCUGGAUAACAUGUGUCGUUUUAAACAAAUUUGCAAUAUUUUGGGGUUCCAUUAUAACGUUCUUAGAUAGCACAUUCUGUUACUUUUGGUGAAAGAGUUCUGAUAGGUAGAGUUAUAUUAUUUUCUUAAAUUGCAUAAUUUUGCACUGAGAAAUGUAUUUAAAUGAUAUUUAUAUCAUCUGCAAUGCACUGUGUAUAUCAGUUUAUAUAUUUUUGUACGUUACAAGAAAUCUUUAUUAAUUCCAUAAUUGUAAAUUACAUUAAAAUAGGAUUUAUAAAUUAUCGUGAGUUUAAAUUGUAGAAUUUCAGUCUGUAAAUGUGUAUUUACUUAUAGAAUCUAGAAUAUAGUACUUGAAUAUUUUGUUACUAUUACUGUAACUUUUACGCAUUUGACCUAUCAGUAGCAUUCCAGCGAGGCAGUGGUGGCACCAGCGAGAGAAGGGGACAUUUCCCCUCCGUAGGACAGGCCUAGAUCCCUAUCGUCUGACGCAUGACUAGGCCGUCGGAUCAAAAAUAUAAAAAAUAAUAAUUUGCCUCUCCAAUUAAUGUUAUUAAUUCCUAAUAUUGUGGUUUAAAAGCACCUUUUAAGACCAUACUAAGCCAUAGAAACUCACCUGGUGAACCCAAAAAGGGAAUUUUUAUUCUGACCCGCCGACCGAGGCCUUGUUGGCCCCAUGGCUCGGACCCCUUGUCAGCAAAUUUCUGGUGCCACAGCUGCUCGAGGCCUGUGGUCAACAUAAUGUUGGAGGUACUUCCAUAUCAGUAAAGUAUUCUACAUUAAAAUCAGGAAUUACACUUUUUUAAAUUUGCUUAGUUUUGGGUGUCUUCUAAUGGAAAAGUAAUGUCGAGACUCGGAGAUUUAUAUUUAUAGUCUUCCAGGCUGUUUUCGCUUUAUGUAUGCACAUGCAAUUAUGUCAUAUUUGAUCACGUUUUACCAGUGAACUGGAUUGACACCUUGCUUCUCAUUAUUACUACCCACUUGGGAGGAUGAUCAUGUCAUCCCUUCAGGCAGCUUUUGGGUUUAGUGCUGCUCAGUAUAUCUAUCAUAAACAGGAACUGCCUGGAAAGAUUGUAUUAAAUGUUUUGUAUUCAGGAGCUACUAGUCAUACAUCUAGUCCCUUUUAGUCAUGUUUGAAUUGUACUUUCGGCGCUCAGGAUUUGAUUUUUCCCUGACGACCUUUGCUAACAUUUCCCUUGCAGGGGUCAAGCGGGGUCCAGAGGUCCGUGGGGGUGGUCUAGAGGUCCACUGGGCCCCCUGCUAGCGCCGCCCCAGAAAGCUACCUGGGAGGAUGACAAGCAAAUCAUUCUUUCAGACUGUUAAUGUAACACACACCCAGCCAGAAGCUGCCUGGACGGAAUAAAAAUUGAUUGGAUCAUCCUCCCAGGCUUGUGUCAGUCCAGGUCCACUAUAGUAUUGAAUUAUUAAUCAGUGUUUUAUCAAAAUUAAAGUUUUCCUAGAUUUUACAACAGUACAUUUAAAACACCCAUCAUAAUGUUUAGACCGUUACUACUUGACAUGGACAUUAUUUAACUGAUACUAUUUUAACUAGUACUUGUACAAAUUAAUUUUUAAUGUCCUAUUCUAUCAGAUUCAGAACAAGAACAAGAUUACAAUUAUAGCAUUAACAUAAGACCUAAGGGCAGUAAUUUAUAGAAUAUUAAAAUGUUGAAUAAAGAGGUCUUGCUAUUUACUGAUGAUUGUAAAAUUUGAAUAAAUACUAAAUACAUUAAAUAAAUGCUACUGUUUAGCUAGUAUUUACAUAUACUGCUACUAGCGGACUAGUAAUUAUAUAGCUGGUGCUAUUUACUGUAUGCUACCAAAUAAUGUAUACUAUAUAACCCAGUACUUAUUUAAUUGCUGAUAUUUAACUACUACCUCUACAUAUAUUAUUGCUGCUGCUAUUAUUUGUCUAAUAGUAUUACUUAUAUAACUGCUACUAUUUAACUAGAUAUAACUGCUGCUAUUUAAUACUAUUUUAACAGUACUUCAACCUAAUUAGACUUAAUUUUAUAAUUCCUAUUGUAUUUAUUUAAAUUUGACUAGAAACACUACAUUUUAUCUAUGUAAAAUUUAUGUAUUUAUUACGUCAGAUUUAAUUAGCAUGCAACAUUGGUUUUAUUAUUAAGUUAUACAUUUAAGUUUACUGUCAUUGUAAAGAUUGCAAAAAUAAAGACUGGCAGCGGUGAGAUUCGAA